AUGGAGACGCAACCGCAACCCCAGUCCUCCGCACGACGCGGAUCGACCCCAGACCUGCUAGAUUGGCACUUCCGGGGGUUGCACACUCCACUAUACCUCACGGGUGUGGCCAAUCGGCCCGGAGAAUUUGGUUGCGAAGAUCGGGCGCUCGGGGUGGGAGAACCCGAGGAAGCGGAGAGCGAGCACAGCGUGCCAUUUGCGGUGCCGUGUGCGCUCACCGGGUCCACAAAUGCCAUCCAUGCCGACGACUCGGCCCUUGUUUUGCUUUGCCAGGCCGCGGAUUGGUCCCUAGGUCUCCCCGUGGGGACUACAUGCGCGUUCAUCUUCGGGUUAAGGUACCCCGAGGAUGGUGGGUCGCAUAUAAUGGACGGAGUAUCCCCAGGAAAACUCCCCGCCAUGCGUCAAUGA